GCCGAGUCCAUGCAGAGUGUAAUGGCAGGAGCCUGACCCCUGCUUUUGGAGCUGCACGUGGAUUGUUUUUUGGGUGCAAUCCCUGCUGUGGGUGGUUGCAGGCCGAGGCCAUGCUGUGCACGGCGCUGGUGAUGGCCGGGAGCCUGGCGCUCACCACGGCCGUGGUGGCCCACGCCUACUACCUGAAACACCAGUUCUACCCCACCGUGGUGUACCUCACCAAAUCCAGCCCCAGCAUGGCCGUUCUGUACAUCCAGGCCUUCGUGCUGGUGUUCCUGCUGGGCAAGUUCAUGGGCAAGGUUUUCUUCGGGCAGCUGCGCGCGGCCGAGAUGGAGCACCUCCUGGAGCGCUCGUGGUACGCGGUGACCGAGACCUGCCUGGCCUUCACCGUCUUCAGGGACGACUUCAGCCCGCGCUUCGUCGCCCUCUUCACCCUCCUCCUCUUCCUCAAGUGCUUCCACUGGCUGGCCGAGGACCGCGUGGAUUUUGUGAGUGUUGGGAGUAGGGAGAACAGCUCAAAAACAUCCCCAAAACCCCCCAAAACCAACCCCAAAAUAACCCAGAACCUGCCUGAAACCAGCCCAAAAAUAACCUGGCUGAUCAAGGUGCUGCUCUACAUGGCCUUCAUGACCAUCAUGAUCAAGGUGCACACCUUCCCGCUCUUCGCCAUCCGCCCCAUGUACCUGGCCAUGAGCGGCGCGGCCGGGGCGGGAUGUCCCACGCAGCGCUGUUGCCGUCCCCAGUACGCCAUCCUGAUGACCAUGGUGCUGACCAUCUUCAUCAAGUACGUGCUGCACUCCAUCGACCUGCAGAACGACAACCCCUGGGACAACAAGGCCGUCUUCAUGCUCUACACAGAGCUCUUCACCGGUAGCGGCGCGCCGGGGGGGGCUGGGGGGGUUGUCCUGGUAGUGUUCAACUGGUCCUGGUUGGGCAACGAGGACUCGAAGUCUUGGUGGGCUCAGUUGGUCUUCACUGGUCAACGAAGACUCAAGGUCCUGGUAGUGUUCAACUGGUUCUGGCUGGUCAACCAAAACUCAAAGUCUUGGAUUUUGGGCCCAGCCGUGGCUGUUGCCGACAUUCCCGAGGUUUCCCGGCGCAGGUAUCCCGACGCCACGGCCGAGGAGCUGCAGGCCGUGGACAACGUGUGCAUCAUCUGCCGCGAGGAGAUGGUGACGGGCGCCAAGCGCCUGCCCUGCAACCACAUCUUCCACACCAGCUGCCUGCGCUCGUGGUUCCAGCGGCAGCAGACGUGCCCCACGUGCCGCAUGGACGUGCUGCGAGCCUCGCUGCCGGCACAGCCGCCCCCGGAGCCACCGGCACCGGCACCGCCCCCGCCGGGGCCACAGCCCCCGCACCUUCCCCAGGGAAUUCUCCCUCCCUUCCCGCCGGGAAUGUUCCCGUUCUGGCCGCCCGUGGGGCCGUUCCCGCCCGUUCCCGGUGUCCAGGCCCCGGCCGGAACUGAC